AUGUUGGUCCCCCUUUCCACCCCUCUCUCUUUACAGGUCUGCAGCAAAGUGUUUGGGAAUGCAUCCGCCCUGGCUAAGCACAAGCUGACGCACAGCGACGAGCGGAAGUACGUUUGCGGAAUGUGCUCGAAAGCGUUCAAAAGACAGGACCAUCUCAAUGGCCACAUGCUGACGCACCGGAACAAGAAACCGUACGAGUGCAAGGCGGACGGCUGCGGCAAGUCGUACUGUGACGCGCGGUCACUCCGGCGGCACACGGAGAACCACCACAGCGGCACCACCCCGGGGACGACGACCCCCACGCCGAUGGCCGCCCCCAGUCCGGGCCCGUCGCAGUCCCCGCCACUCAACACAUCCGGCAGCAACUCUCCGGUGAAUCCGUCGUCGUCGUCGUUGGCGUCUCCCUCGGUGACAGUGACGACCCUGGCGACGGCGGUAUCGACGGCCGCCAGCCACGGUACGACCGGGCCACUCAGCGGGCUCAGCCUGUCACCGGCCACCGCCAGUGGUGACGCAAGCUCCCCUCACGGCGCUACCUGCAGCAUCCAGUUCAGCACCUCUUCCUCCCCGUCUUCGUCCGGCACGACGACCCUGCUGACCGCGAGCAACCACAGUUCCAACAACACGACAACCACCACCUACAGCAACCUAACCUCUUCCGCUACCAGCAACAACAACCAAAACAACAACAGCUCAAGCAGUAGCACCGGAAGUUCCGGCAGUCAGCAGCACCACGUGACAGCCCUAACCUCCACCCCCAGCGGUGGUGUCGAUUCCGGUGGCUCCAAGACGCCCUCGCCCAGUUUGUCCCCGGCCGGAACCGGAACCGGCAACGAAGGUCUCACCCGGCAGCAGCUGGACCUGAUCACGCAGAUCAUGCAGCAGACGAAGCAGGCCAACGCGGCGGUGGCCGCCGCCGCAGCCGCCGGCCAGAAGAUCCCGCCCCGGCCCCGGACGUGGAACAUGCAGAUAAACUCCCGGCCGGAGCUGACAAACCUCCCACUACGGCGCCGGCUCCAACUGAGCCAGAACAAGGUGACCACGACAACCACAUCCAGCACGCCCAGUCCUACGCCCAACACUUCGACAACCCAGGCUUCAGCACCGGCACCCACGCCCAGCGUCCCUCCGGUAGAACCCGCCAGUGUUGCCAGCAACGCCCAACCACCGCCAACAACCACCACCCCAGCUCCAACGCCGUCAUCGGCCGCUUCUCCAGCAAACGCCGCGGCUACUGCCGCCACCGCGGUCUCAAAAGCCGACCAGAAACCGGUCGAGUGCAACCUGUGCCACCGCAAGUUCAAGAACAUCCCGGCCCUGAACGGUCACAUGCGGCUGCACGGCGGCUACUUCAAGAAGGACUCCGAAACGAAGAAAUGUGAUAAGAAGGAGCACACCGGACCGCCACUGCAGACGGCCAGCGUUGGCGUGCGGGCGCUCAUCGAGGAGAAGAUCAUCAACAAGCGCAGCAAGGAUCUGAAGGGUUCAUUCGUGGUGCCGGCUCCGCCGUUAACUGCGCGGCGACUGCUGGAAGCCAGCGAAGCGUUGCUAUCGCCCAAGCCCGGCACCGUCGCCAUCGUGUCAACGCAGAACGGAACCACCCAGAUCAUCAACUCGGGCAAGGCGAUCACCACGGCGGCCGAUGUCAAGGACGCCACGCUGAUUGAGCUGUUGAAACGCGGCACCAAAGUGGCCGUCAAGCGUACCUGUUCCGAUCCUGGCCAGCUGGCCAUCACCACGACACAGCAGCAGUCGCCUUCAGCUACGCGAACCGUGGUGUUACCUGCAAACGCCUUAACCAGCGCACCGUCCACGCCGCCCCUAGCGCUGACCAUCGGCACCAACAACAACAACGGCUCAUCUGCGACCUCCAGCAGCAAUCCUCCGACUCCGGUGAUCAGUACCGACGCCACGCCCCUCUCACUCACUAUAUCACAAGCGCCUUCCGGCAGUGCGGACGUGUUCACUCUAGCCUACUCUACCGACGCCACCGGUGCUGCGGCCUUCUUUAGCGAUAACGACGUGUACAGUGUUAGCGAUACGACCAUGCUUUUGCAGGCCGUUGACUCGAUCCAGCUGCUGCAGGACUCCGCCUCUUCGACGGAGCAGCUCGACGAAAUAGAGUCCCUUUCCGACUACUCUACCGCGAUCAACGAGCAGAACUUUACCCCCUCACGGCAACUCCAAGCCGUGCUGGACUCGCCCCUCCCGGAGAGCUUGGCCGAGUUCAGCGCUCUCCAUUCCAAGGACUUUGUCCUUUACAGUAACUCCACCUCCUCGAACGCGGUAAUCACCAACAAUUCCACCGAUCCCCCAACCAGCCAAUCCUCCAACUCACCACUCCCGUCCCCGCUAGCCUAUCCAACUCCGCCGGCUUCCCACGAACCGGUCGCGCAGGCAUCACCGUUCCUAGACGAUUCCCGUCACUUCUCCGAUGCCGGCUCCUUCUUCGAUGACAAGCGCAACUCGUCCACCAACUUCCUCGACGAUGGCUUCUUCAAAACCGACGGCAAGGAAGUCAAGCUCAGCGACGAAAAGAUCCUGGCGCUGAAAAACGAACUCCUCGACGAAAAUGCCGACCUCUUCCGGAACAGCAAAAACAUCCUUGACGACCACUGUCACGACCUGUUCAAAACCGAAGACAACUUUUUCUCCGAAGAAUCUCCCGUAAUGGCCAACAACAAGUCAUCCAACACGCGGUCCACUUCAUCGGGCAGUGGAGGUGCUCAGGAAGAUCCGGCGUCCAAAAUCAACCUGGACUUCCUGGACGAAGCGCAGGCGUUCAUCAACGAAACCCGCAGUGCUUCCUCGCCGCUGUCCAACGCGUUCUUCUCCGCUACCAUGUCCAGCGCGGAAGAGGUCAAGGAAGCCCUGGAAGAGGUGCUUCCCAGCGACGAGGACGUCGUUAUCGCCGAAGCGGACAUUGACCUGUACUACCUGAACGGCUUGUCCUCGCUACAGUCCCAGAUGAUGCCAAACUCGGACGAUCCGCUGCUAUCGUCCUCGCCCAAGGACUUUGCCCAUCGCCAGCACCAGAAGUUUCUCUUCGAGCAACAGCUGCUGCAGCAGCAGCAACAGCAGGUUCUGUCGCAGAACAACAGCAGUACCUUCUCACCACCGAGUGCCAAAAAACUCAAAACUGAAGCGGACGCCCAGGUCGGCGUCAGUGAUACCAACGCAAAAAUUCCACUUACCGUACAAACAGAGCAAAUUCCAAAAGACAACCCCGGUGACUCGGUAUUUCUCAGCCCGAGCAGCAUCUCAUCCAGCAGUAGCAACUGCAGCAGCAGCAGCUCGCCGAAGCUCCAGCACGCGCUCCUCCGGAAAAGGUCGGCCGCGAUGCUACCCACGGCACCGAUCGUCGUCCGCAAGUCACCCAUCUACCACUCCAAGCUGCGGAAGUCUACAACCGCGGUUCCCGUUACGCACUACACUCCACAGCCGAUGCUGAAUCCGGGCCGAACCGCUCCCGGACUCUACACCCAGGUUGCCGCCAGCCUGGUAAACCAGUCCGGAUCGGACUCCACCGUAGACGACACCUCGGACAUUUUCAGCGAACCACCACUCCCGAUUCGACCGCGUAUCAACGUCGGCCACGACUAUCAGGCCACCAUUCCGGACUACUACGGCAGCAGUCCCAGCUACCAUAACCUGAGUCACCACCUAGAUCAGCAGCUAUGGGAUCCAACGGUGGCCCAGAACGAUCAACAGAUCGCCCGCUUCGUAGAGCUUUCCCGCUCUUCAGCGGUUCCUCUCGGCUGCCACUCGGAGGAGAACGCGCUCCGAUCGCUACUGGAAGCCCAAGGCGAGGUGCACAUCGCCAUCCUCAACCUGCUCCAAACUCCUCCGACCGCUAUACACCGCCAUUGGUCACCCGACGAAAUGGAACAGUUUAUCCGCGGGCUGGAACUGUACGGAAAGGACUUUUACCGGAUAACCAACGAGCUGCUUCCCGCCAAAACAACCGGUGACUGCGUCCAGUUGUACUACUUCUGGAAGAAGCUUUGCGUCGACUACAAGACCACCCAUCUGCUGCAGCACGGCAACAACUCGAUGAAGUUCAUCAACCUGAACGCCAGCCCGGACGACCUGCUGCUGGACCACAUCGGAUACACCGCCCCGCCACCCCACGCAGUGGUCAAAACGGCUAGCGGACCUGGCCAACCGACGAUCAACACCGGCAGCGACGUGCGGCCCCACGUUUGCGAAGUUCCCGACUGUUCGGCGAGCUUCUCGUCCAAGGCCGCGCUGCAUGGUCACAUCCGUAUUCACUGUAUCGGACGCUCGGCAGCCCACGUGAGCGGCACGUUGCAAAAUGGUAAUUUCUUGAGUACUACCACCGCUGGUAACCCCACUAUUAACCCUAACCUCAUACCGACAAAGGAUGAUUAUCCCUGCAAGGUGUGCGGCAAGGUAUUUAAUAAGGUAAAAAGUCGCAGUGCCCACAUGAAAUCUCACAGACCGCAAGAUGCAAGCGAUCAGCUGCAACAUCAACUACAACUUCACCAGCAACAGUUGCAGCAACAACAACAACAACAACAACAACAGCAGUUGCAACAGUCACAACAAUGCUCAACGUAAACACAAGCCACGGUGACAGCGGUUGUUGCCACAGCGAGACAAAAGACACAAAAAGAACGAUAGAGAGCAGGAGACGAAUACUUCGAGACAAUCUUCAAAAGUAUGUUAAAAACUAAUACAAGUGUUGUAAAAAAAACAAACAAAAAAUACCAACCGAAAGCCACCUCGACUAGAAUUCAGCAAACGAAGGUACACGAUACAAACAGCAUAAUUUUACAACAUACAAAGAAAAAACGAUACACAAAACAAAAACCUGAGCAAAUCACUGUAACGGAGGUUGUUAAAACAAACGCAAAUAAAACGUGAAAGAUCCCACAGAAUAGCUAAAAAAACAAACAAACAAAAAACACACUACACUACAAGAUUCACAAAGAUGACGGUAAACAAAACGAAAAGAAAUGUCAAAUUAUCAAAGCAUCCAUAUACACAAACACAAGCAUACAUUGAGGUAAAACUUCCACUUACUCUUAAACAAAUAUACAUAUUACAAUAUCUACUGUAAACGUAAGCUAGAGAAAGAAAAAGGAUAAAGAAACUGUUUUUGUACACUUUUUGUUGUUGAACUUUCUACACUUCGAAAACGUAAAUUGUACAUAGCAAAACUAGGCAUAAGUAUAAGCAUAACUUGUUGACAAAUCUUGUAUUCUUUUGAACUAUUUAAGCAAGACAAAAAAAAUCAAACAGUCGAUAGCAAAUCAAAAAAACAAAAACACUGGGCGUGGCCUUUUUGUGAAAUCUGAGAUUUUAAACAAAGACAACUAAACAAAAGAGCAGGUGCAGAGAGUCGUUUUAGCAAACAAAAGAGAAGAAAAAAAAUAACAAACCCAAACAUCAAGCACCAUUCGAAGCCAAAAGUAGACACGCCCCGCCCUUCUCAUUGCAGGAGAUGGAGAUGGAAAACCCAACACAUAAAACCAUAAACAUUGCAAAACGAUGUAAGUUUUUCUCUAAUAAUCGUCCUUAACAGAGUAAAUCACCUACAACUGUUCUUCUCUUACAAAUCUCUCCAAACUCUAUAGAUGACUUUUUAUCUUUCCAGUAUUAUAGACAAACAAACUAACAACAACAAAAGAGAGAGAGAGAGAGCAUUCGAGAGCAUUGUAAAAGGGAAAAAUGAAAACAUUUAACACAGAAAAGUACUCUUUAAAUGUAGAACAAUUUCAUGCUGGCUAAGAAUAACAUUCUUUUUUAACUGAAAGCAAGAUAAAGUAACACACACACACACACACACACUCACACAACUAAGGGUAAUGUUUAAUCCUUUCUUAAAAACAAGAAAAUAAGUAAAUGACGAAAAAACAUGGUUGUACCUAGAACUUAAGUGUUGAUCGAUGUCCCUAAUUCUAUACCAUAUUAUAAACAUUUCAACAACAAAAAAAAAAUAUUACACUGAAUGAAAGCAGCAAAACUCACGCACCCAGAGAGCAAGAGAGCAGAAGGAAGUGUGUCAGAAAAAAGUAUAUAUUAUAUAUUUAUUAUUAGAAAGUUAUAUUAUGUGAAAACCUAAACCAAACAGAAACCUACUGGAACGUUAAAGUUCACAAACCAUGUAAGUGCGAGAAAGUUUUACACUAAAUUAAAGACGAACGAAGAAAGCGACAGUUCGAAGAAGAAGUCAAGCAAGUAAGGUAUAACUCGUUUUGUGUUCUUUUAAGAAUUGAUCGAACCAAACUAAAAGAAAUGGGUAAACUCACCGGACCGACCUUAUAAUCCGGCGAAUGGUUUUGCUUUUGAUUUAACCAAGCAGCUCAAAUUAACUCGAGAAUCAAAUGGCAAUAACACACGCUCACUAAAAUCGAAUGCAUCUUUCUAUUGAAAAGGGAAAGGCGGAAAUUUUAAACGAAAUUUUUAUAUAUAUUUUGAGGCUAGUUAAAAAUAAACGCAAGGAAAGCAUGGUUUAACCUUACAACAAAGUCUAGCUUUUCUACAUUCAUUGUGAUAUUAGUUUCUUUUUCUAAUCGGAGAAUGAAAAGCUGGAUCAGAGCCCACAAUCUUAAACAAUGCUCAAACUUUGUUUCUUCUUUAGUGUUAAUUUAUCUCUAUAUCUAUACGAAGCGACACAAUUGUACGAGUAUCUUACCCUUAAUCUGCUAUUACGACGAGUGAAAUUACGGUUGCAUGUAUACGUGAACGGUGCAGCUUGAGUGUGUUGAACGAUAUAAGUCAGGUGUGAUUACAGACUCAAGUGGGAAUGUCAAUGUUGUGAGUCGUGUUCUCUUGAAAGAUCCGCAAUUUAAAUCCAUAGAUUUGACGAUUAAAAAUUGACAGUUGCGAACCAAUUCGACUAGAAAUCCGAUCAUAAUAUUUACCUUUUUUGACAGUAAUGGUGCUGUAGUAAUCCGUUUGCUCACGGCCACCGCUACCUGUCAGAAAAGGUAAAUAUUAUCAUCAGAAUUCUAGACGAAUUGGUUUGACAGUGGACAGUGGUGACAGUGGAACUGUCAUUAUUACGCGGAGCCCAAGCGCUACGUUUGUUUUGAUAGCGUAAGCACGGUGUAAAUAUUGACAGUUUAUCACUAAUUGAAUAAUUAAUUAUUAAUUACUUCUUCGGUGAAUGGAUGUUCACAUAAGUAUUAGUAAGCAGGAUACGAUCUUUGUUAACAAACUAACAACCUUCGGGGUUUUGUGUAUCCGGAUCGAUAGGACCAAAUGUUAGGGCCAAAUUUCCUAACUUCUUCACCAGGUGGACUGUAUUUUUCGUUUUCAGGGUGAUGAAAACACUUCAGCUUUUUCUUUUUUCCAGUUUGCGCACUUUUCUGCUACGCCAGGAUUCGUUCAACAACAUCUUGUCCUGUCAAAAUACUCGUCGCGAUAAACUUUGAAUGCAAAACUCAAAAUAUGACAGUUCCUCAAACAUGCGACGCUUGUGAUGUUCAGCAAUCAGCAGUGAUGCCAGAUGCUCAGUUUUUGACAACUUAUAGCACCGGUCGGUAAUUACGGUACUCACACCUAACUUUACAGUUUUUAAGCACUUAAAUCAAGCCUAGCCGGAAGUGUAUCGCCAAACUCUGUGUUGUGAUUUAUCUUAAAUAAUUAGCCAAAAAAACAAUAACCACUCAAACUCUUAUUCAAACUUUCAAACAAACCAGAAAUGCGUAAAACAUAACAAAAUAACUCAAACCACCUUUAAUUAAUACUCGUAGAGAAUUGAUUGCUUUAUUUCCCUCUACGACAAAUAACAAUCAUAAUGAGAAUACACAAAAAAAAAAACAUUAUUUAAUUUAUCGAAAAACAGUAGCAGAAACGAAAACCGAGUCCGUGCACUAGCAAACUGUGGCCUAAGAUUGUGAAAAAAUUAGACUAAUUUCUCGCUUCUAUCGUUGCGUCUCACGAAAUAUUUACAAGCAUAACACAGUAUAUUUUCAAUCGGGAUUAGUUACCACUUGGGUUACGAAUUAGUUCGACUUGGUUAAACCACAGAACCCAAAAGAGAGAAGAAGAAUAACAAAACAAACACAUGCAAGCUGACACGAAAGUAUUACCACGAAUCGCUAAAUCAAAACGGAACCUAAAAGGAAUAGUUAUUAAAACAAACAAAAAUGAAGCAGAAAUUACAAUGUGGAAAAUGAGAUAAUAGUUGAAACAUAUCAGUUUUCUAGAAGCAAAAGUGUAUUUAAAACAAGAAAAAAGUAAAAUUAAUGAAAGAUUGAAUAAACGUAAAUUUUUUAACGAAGCCAAAACACAUACGUCGAAGCAGAGCAUAAAAAGCGUAAUUAAAUAAUUCAAACUAAAAGAAACUACGAAAAGUGUUGUACCUUAACUUAAAAAAAAAAAACAGAGUGUAGAGACAGAGAGAGAGAGCAAAUCGUUACUUGAGUUAAGACUAAUGCGGUGGACCCUUCAGGUUGAGGUGCCACUGCAUUACACCCAGAAGUGUGAGCGGAACGUGAAAACAAAACAAUAACAAAACAAACAUAUGCCAAAUUCUCACUACUACGCGCGAAAAGAGGGCCGGGAAGUAACUGAGAACACUGCGUGAAAACGAUUGUUUGUGAAUUUUAUAAUAAAAAGAAAACCGAGCAUGCAAAUUCAAGUGGAGACAAUUGUAAAGUUAAAAAAUAAACACAAAAAGACAAACUCACAGCUGGCAAACAGUUUGGGAGACGAGCAAAUUGAAAAGUAAUAUUAAAUGACAAUCCUGACUCUAAGGCAAAUUAACUGAAACUAAAAAAAAAACAAGAAACACAAAAGCAGCCUGUUUUCUAAUGUUUGUAAAUAACCUAUCGAAGGCGGAAGAAAAAAAAUGAAGAAAAAUUGACUUGACAGCAGCUGUCAAGCUUAAAAAGAAAUCAAUGUGUCUUCGCGCUCAAUUCUGUCAAAAGACCCGCUCAGUAAAAACACACACACACAAACUUGUACAAGCACACCGCUUUCGAUUUAUCCGAACAAUACUGUCAUUUUCCGCAGCGCUGGUUCAUUUUGACAGCUGACUUUGCUUUCUUGUUUUGUGAAGAAAAGCAAGAAGCAACAAAAAAAUGGCGUCUAACGCCUACUUUCAUUAACUUGACGGACGCGCGCACAUCCAUACAAAGAAUGCUACAAAUACUUUACAAAAGUUUUACAAAACUUUUUUUUUCUAGUUUGUAAUCUCUACUUUUAAGACGUUUUUAGUGCAAAGUUAGUUGAAUCGUUUUACCUUGUUGAGUGUUUUUAUCUUUUUAUUAUUGUGAUUUUACAUUAUUUAUGAACAAUUACGGCCACGUUGACGUUUGAGACGGAUCAGCGAAUGUGUUAAAACCACCUUACCGCUUAUGUUUAGUUUUUGUUUUUAGUUACGUUUUUUACACUGAAUGAAACUGGUUUUCAACAUCUAGUUAAUGUUUAUGCAAGUUCGGUAAAGACUUGUUUUUGUUAGAAUAAGAUUUGGUUUUACCCACUCCAAAGUGUGUACGAAUGAAGCAUGAAAAUCAAAGACACUUUCACAAAACUACUUUAAUUUUAGAAAAUGAAAAUUAACUUACAAACAAAGAAUGUGCUGUCCUUUUUCAACUCAAAAAGCUUAUUGAAUUCAACUAGAUUUUCUCCUCAAAACUGACCUUUACGACUCUGUUUUAGAACAAUAAAAUACUGAGUUCUUUCUAGUGAGAUAAGUUUUAAGCAUCAGCAGAUACAAAACACUACGCAGAAAUAUUUUUCAGAGGAAAUAAAAAAAAUCUACUUUGAGCUUACCCAAUACACAAACAUAAACAAAGUCGUAAUUUCUUGAUUGUUAAUCUUAAGUAAUCGUGAGCAAAAGUAAAAUUGCCAUACACAUUAAUUAUUGCAUAGUAUGAAAACUUGUGCUUAUCAUUAUUAUAAUUACCAUUAAAAUAUUAUGUGACGAACAAAGCAAAGAAAUUACUAUAUUUAACAGAAAGAAAAGUACAUUUAAACAAAACAUACCCACAAAACCAAAAGCCGAGCGAUGGAAUUUAAAAGUAUAUAGAAAAGGGCCAUGGGGGCAGAAAAGGCUUGAUGAUUAAAUGUUUUAAUUGUUAGUUUUUAAAUGUGACUUUGAGAGUGUGGAAGGGAAGGGAAGUUGCGCAAAUGCGAAAGGGGAAAUCGCACCCAACUGAUUUAAUUUUAAAUAUAAAAUAAACAAUCAGAUCAGAACACAAGACACGAGUUUUAGGACAUGCAAAUAAUUGUUAGAAUUUCGCUUUAAGUGAAGUUUUUUUUUGUUGACCAAAAAGAAAUAAAAAAUAUAAACGAUAAGAAUAAUUUGUGUUUUCUCUUAAAUACUGUUUUCAAUUUUCUUAAUUUUAAAACGAAUUUAGUUGGAUAAUUUAUUUUGUGCAAUACGUUGAAACGAAGGCUUGUUUACAACAAAUAAAAAAUUGUUAAAAAUUUGUGGAAGAACAGUAACCCUACCACACUGAAACUCCGGUGGAUUGACAGUUUUCAGUUGAUGAACUGUCACUUUUUACACAGCGCAAACGCUCACUAUCAAAGCCAACGUCCAGCACAGCUGCAGGCAGAAAAAUAUGGCAUACUUGAAUCAAGAAAACGUUUUUGUUGAUUUGAUAAUCAUGAUUUUUGUUGAAUCAACGCUAAACGUCAAUGCAGCUUUUUCAAAACAAAAAAAGACUUUAGUGGAAUUGAGAAAAUCAAGGUUUGUUUCAACGCAAUUUUGUUUGAGCUUAAAUGAAAACAUCAGUUUGACAACUGCUUGUUUAUAAACAUCACAAAAUUGUGCUUUUUUCUUUAGCUUCUUUAUUUUAUCGAGAAAUUAAAAGUGAGAGUGUGUGCAACAUGGAGUUAAACUUUCUAUGAAGUUGCUGUGAAGGUUACCAUGGCACUUUGAAAAGUUUAACUCCAUGUUGCACGCACACACUCUCACUUUUAAUUUCUCGAUAUAUUUUCAAAAUACAAAAACAACUCACAAAGAGUUUAACCAAACUCGCCAACAAAACCGAUAUCACACACACUCACACAUCGAAACACGCAACGUGGCUUUUUGAUUGUUACUUAGCGAGAAACAAUAGAACAAAUGCAAAACAAGGAAGAUCAAAUCAGCGCUUACUUCUCACUUGUGCUUCGCAAAUCAUCGCAACAACCAACAAAGUCGACUCAUCGCGCCAUCAUACUAAAGCAUACUUUUCAAAUUUUAUUUGCAAAUCAGCUAAAUUACAUAAUUUAACACAUUUGCUGCUUCCUGUGAAAACAAAAAGUUUGCGUUAAUUCGCACAAAUACAUCCCCAGCACAACCAUUCAGAGAGACCUUCCCUGUUAUCGAGCAGUCAGCCACAAAAUAUGGCGAACCUUCACUAGAGAAAAAAAAGGAAAAAGAAAAAAUCAAUUGAAAAUUAUAAAACAAAAAAUUCUGUGAUUUCCGAAUGACAAAAAAAACUAAGAAAAACAACUAUUGACGCAAAACACACACACACACUCUAGCUAAUGAAACAAAAGAAUAUCAGUUUGGUACUUGAAUCAUCACAAGUUGAAGUGUUGCUAAGUGUGGAUGCGAAAUCUAAAACUUAAACUUAAAACCAAAA